UCUCCUUUUUAAAAAAAAAAAAUAAAAAUUCCAGUAGCGGAACACAAAGUGGGCCGAAUAAAUAUGGGAUAUGACGUGUUUCUAGAAAGAGCCACUGAGUUCCAGCGAGCGUGCGAGUGGGGGGGUGGGAGCGCAGCCUAUUUAAAGGGGGUCGACACACUGGGGGGGGAGUAACAGAACACAGCGGAGCAGCGCUGGCGCUCGGGAAGAAGACGACCUCUAACACAUCAUCAUCAUCAUCAUAAUCAUCAUCGCGCUCUGUUUAUAGCUCUUUAUAAGGACAGUGAUCUCCGGCGACGCUGUAUCUGCGGAUCGCGCAGUGCCAGUGACAGUACCGAGGCUACCGUCUCAGUACCGAGGCUACCCGCGUCUUCUGCUGUGGUGCGGACAGAAUAAUGGGCAAAGAUUACUACAAAAUACUGGGCAUCCAGAAAGGAGCGGCCGAGGAGGACGUCAAGAAGGCGUACAGAAAGCAGGCUCUCAAAUGGCACCCCGACAAAAACAAGUCUCCCAGCGCCGAGGAGAAAUUCAAGGAAAUAGCGGAGGCGUACGAGGUGCUCAGUGACCCCAAGAAGAGGGAGAUCUACGACCAGUAUGGAGAAGAAGGUCUCAAAGGAGGCGGAGGUCCCGCUGACGGACAGGGCGGCAGCUACACUUACACAUUCCACGGAGACCCACAUGCCACCUUUGCCACCUUCUUUGGUGGCACCAACCCCUUCGAGAUGUUCUUUGGCAGGAAGGCGGCAAACGGGAGGGACGACGACGACAUGGAGGUGGACGCCGAGCCCUUCGGCUCUUUCACUAGCUUCAACCUGAACGGGUUUCCCCGGGAGCGGCACGUGGGGGUCGGGCCCCUCCGACGCAAGCAGGACCCGGCCAUCCACCACGAGCUGCGAGUGUCACUCGAAGAGAUCUUCCACGGGUGCACCAAGCGCAUGAAAAUCUCCCGCAAGCGGCUCAACCCGGACGGCCGGACCAUGCGCGCAGAGGACAAGAUCCUCACCAUCGAGAUCAAGCGGGGCUGGAAGGAGGGCACCAAGAUCACUUUCCCGCGGGAGGGCGAUGAGUCGCCAAACACGAUCCCGGCCGACAUAGUUUUCAUCAUCAAGGACAAGCCCCAUCCUCACUUCCGAAGAGAAGGGUCUGACAUUGUGUACCCGGUACGGGUUAGUCUACGGCAGUCUUUGUGCGGGUGUUCGGUGACCGUGUCCACAAUAGAUGGCAAAACGGUAAACAUGAAGAUAACGGACGUGAUCAAGCCUGGGAUGAGGAAGGUCAUUGCCGGACAAGGACUCCCUUUCCCCAAAAAUCCAGAGCAGAGAGGGGACCUGGUGGUAGAGUUCGAUGUGAACUUCCCGGAGAGCCUCCCGUCGAAUGCAAAGGACGUGCUGAAGCGCCACUUACCUGCGUCGUAAAGGGCCGCGGAGGCACGGACUGGCGAAAAGCGUCUGACCCGUACAUGGACAAUCUGGCUCUCUCGCAGGCCCCUCACAAAGAAUGUGCAAUUUAUAUUUUUUAUCUAUAUGGUGUUUAUUUUUAAAAUAUCCUGCAUGCUGCAAAGGUCUUGAAAGUGUCAGUAAAAGUUUUGAUGU